GCAAUCCAAAAGAAGAACUGAACGAGAAAAAAAAAAAUGACACUGGACAUCAUCAGUUUUGCGUAUGCUGCAACAAUUGCAGUUGGUGGCAUUAUUGGUUAUGUGAAAGCAGGAAGUGUUCCGUCUUUGGCUAUGGGCUUAGCAAGUGGAGUUCUCAUGGGAUUCGGUGCUUACCAGACUAGCAAUGAUCCAAAAAAUGUUGUUGUGUCAUUAGCUGUAACUGGAGUGUUGACUGUUGUAAUGGGAGCUAGAUUUUACAAUUCUGGAAAAUUUAUGCCUGCUGGCCUUGUUGCAACACUAAGUUUACUGAUGCUGUUACGUUGUGGCUACAGAUUGAUGUAGUGAAAUGGUUGAGACAUGCUUGUUGACUGGAAAACUAAUAUUAAUUUCUCCAUCGGACAUGGAGGUGUAUUUUCAUGUAAUUCAUACAUUCUUUGAUGUUAAUGUUUUAAUUUAGUGAAAGAUUUAUAUCAUUUAUAUUUCGUGUUUUUCUCUUCUUUUGUCAGUUUUCUUUGGCUAUAUAUAUGAUUUUCAUGUUAUGUAAAGUUGUUUAACAAAUUAUUAAUGUAUAUCACAUAUAUAAUAAUACUUGCAAUUCAUGGUGUACAUGUAUAUUUUUAUUAUUUUCGUAAGCAAAGUGUUAGUUUAUGAAUUAUGAAAUGUACAUGUAUUACUACAUUUUAAAAUGUAAAAAUGUAUUACUAUUACCGGUUCUACUAUUAAAGGGACAUACCCUAGUUUUUAAACACCAAGGCAUAUUUUUCACUAUUAGAGCCGUUUAU